AUGUCGACUAUCAUCGUCGAGGACGAGUACUGCACCGUCAACUCGGCUCAGCUGGGAAGGCCGUCCAUUGUGAAGUGGGCAAAGCUAUUGCUCCAGUCGGCUGCGCUCAAUGCGGAUGUGAUUUCCCUUGGCUCAGACCACGAGUGCAACAUGCUGGAGCAGGCCUACAAAUGUGUUACGACACAGUGUGCCGCCGGCAUCUCCCUGACGCAUGCCGAAGCCACUACGUCUGCCCUCCGUGAGCUGGCCAAUCUGAGUGAUGACGGGAUGGGAAAGUUGAAGCCAACCGCAAGGUUGAGCCCAAAGGUCAAGCGGGCGUUGAUCUUUGUUUCCGACUCGAGUACGGCGUUGUGUAAGAAAAACCGCCGCGGCGCCUUCAUGAAGCCGGAUUGCAACCAGGAGGUCAACAUUGCCUGCGUGAUUUUGGGCUGGGCGGAGACCCGUUACACAAUGUGUUGGGGCAAGACGCUCGCAUGGAUCACGUGGCAAGUCGAGGAGCACAUCAAGGAGUUGCGACUGAACCACCCAGACAUGUUGAUCGACGUGAUAUGCUGGUGGUGCGGGAACGAAAUCAGUGGAAAGUGGGGUUGCAUCCCUACGCGCCUUGGAAUUGGGCUGUCCUACAGGGAUGCAACCACGUCCACAGAGGCUGUUGCGAAGAAGAUUCGGAGGUCAGCGGAUGUGUUAGCCGCCCUCACGGGCGAGCCAGACAUUGGAUUUGUGAAGGUCAUCGGAAAUGUCGAUGCCGACCUCUUCCAGCUCCACUCGGCGUACAGUGACUUCAAUAAGGCAAUGUUCACUGAGUCCAGUCCGCUACCCCCCUUCGUUGAGAAGCUGGAAAUGUACGACUCUUUCCACGCUUCGGAAGACGAAAGGAAUCGCUCGUUUUUCCAGGCCUAUAUCCAUGCGACAUUGAGUGUGUCGAAGGCAGAAUGGAUUGCCACGAGCUUGAGGCAUACCCACUGGCGUUCGAUCGUGGGUGUUGGACCGAUGUGGACUCGCUGCUCAACAGAUGUCGCGGCACCCGUUGGGGAGCAGCUCCUCCGUGCUGCGAAGGCUGACAAGAAGGGUCGGAUUCGUCUCCUGGGUAUUGAUGUGCCCAUGCACGAGACCAUCGGACAGCCGCUCUUCCCAGUCCGUGUGCGCAUCAGCCAGGGCCAUAACGAGAAGCUGGUUGGGAACAACCCUGAUGCAGAUCUCUUCCUUGCAACUAAGUUCCUCAGCACACUCUCGAAGGAAGAGGCCGAGGAGCAGAGCAGCAUCCGUGGGGUAACCGUGCUACCCAAGGAAGACACCCCCACGAAGCUCUACCAUCGGACAAAUGAAAAGGGGAUGCGCGGCAUCAUCCGUGACGGUAUGGUGCCGGGAAGCGCCCGCUCCAACAGAGCUCACAAUUACCUCUCCCCUUACCGGCUGAACGAUGCCAAGUACAUGGGUGGAAUGAGGUCCAACCAGCCGAUAGAGAUGGUGAUCGACACCAUUCGCGCCAUCGAGGCUGGCUGCACCUUCUUCAUCACCGAAACGGAUGGCGUCCUCACACGGGACACCAUCCCGCCGGAUUGCAUUGUCUCGGCCAUUGACACCAGCCAGAAGGACAAGCCCCUCUACGUCGCAAAAGGCUCUGAAGCCACCCGCGAGGGUGAGCCAGAGCGCACUUUCCGUGCAAAGCGCGACUACGAGGAAGCAGCGAGCUCAUCCACAGCAGCCCCGCCAAAGGCCGCAGCUGCUAAAAGGAUGCCAACGGCAACGCAGAAGCCCAAGGUCAUCGAUCCCUCCGAAAUCGAGGACACGACCAUGCUGCCUGCCGUUGCCACCCGCGAGGGUGAGCCUGCUCCUUCUGCUCCUUCUGCUUCAGAUGAUGUCGAGGUCGAGGUAGAGGUCGAGGUGGACGAGGGCGACACAACCGACGCUGGCGAGGAGGAGCUUUACCCACUUGGCUCUCACCCGUGUGCCUCGUGCCACGCUGUGGUCGCCAAUGGAAUGCUCUUCUGCCUAAAGUGCCAUGCGCCGCAGUCCGACGAGACCGCCAAGACCACGAAGAAAUUCUUCGAGAAUGCAAAGCUCCGCAAGCGCAUCUUGGCCGCCGCCGCAACUGGUAGCCAAAAGCCCAUCGACGCACUCUUGACCAGCGAUCUCCGUGGAGGCGAUGGUUCCAAGAAGCGUGGCCAAAUGAGCGCGGAGGCGGUGGUGAUCAGGGAGGCAAAGGACCGACGGACUCGGGCAGCCAAAAUGAACUACCCGUCCGUUUCAGAGCGAUGGGAGCGCGAUGAUCAAUUCCGGACGAGGAUGAUGCAGGAGGGCCGGAACCUGGAGGACAUGCAGAAGUUCGACUACUUGUCUUCUGCAAUCCUCCCAGACCCAGGCCGCACAGAAGAGCAGCGCCACUUGCGCGCGGGUGCCAAUUACUCCUCGGCGGCAACAACGCCUGGAGCAGCGCCGGCUAAGCUGGUCUUCUUUGCCCACUGCGAGGUGGAGCCAUUGCGCACCCUCAGGUUCAUCGAUAACACAAGCGAUGUGCCCAUCGGGGUUACGUAUAUGGGCACCUUCCUCAGUCCGAAGAUCUAUGCUGAGAUCGCUUUGGCCAAUGAAGCUGCACGUCGCAUCCUCACUUUCGACGGCGAAGUCCGUCUGGACGGCACCACCGUGGACGGGAUCACUUCUGAGCUGGCAGCUGUGAUCAAUGACAGCCUGCGCAGCGCCGAGGGCCAGAGGGACGAGACUGAACGGCUUGCUGAACAGAAUCGUCAGGUUGCGGCCCGGAACCGCUACUCCCAAACGGGACGCUGUCAGCGAGGGAACGAUCCCCUGUACCACGGCUAUACUCAGGCCCAAUGGGACGAGUAUUACCGCCGGCAGCGAG